AUGGCACGGCUUAAUGAGCCACCUCCCGCGAUCGAGUCAAUUGAUGCUUUAAAACGCCGCUUCAUACGUCAAAACCGCGAGAUCGCUCGGGUAAACUCAACCCAGUCCCUCCGUAUCCGCAACCUUGAGGCAGAGAUAUCCCGUCUCCUGGCAGAGAAUAUUGCCAUCCGAGAACAAGCGAUCAACAGUGCGCAGGAAGCGGAGAGACUGCGCUCCUCUCAGAGAGUCUUCAGAGAUGUCAGUAAGCUGAAGGAGCAGCUGGAAUCGAAAUUGUCUGAGGUCAGCACACUGGUCACGGAGCUGGGAGCUCUACCCGAGAAAGCCAAGAGGAGAUCAUCGCAACACCAACGGAGGAGGUCCGGGUUUGUGGAACCUGUGCAAAGCCCUGAUCAAAAGGAUUGGAGAAACCGCCAAACCAUUGGCGGUGUUGUCGCUGUGGAGAGACAAUUACAGGAGGGGCGGCUACCAGUCAUUGUGGAAGGCAAGCACUAUCCUAGGAAGACAUUGGAAAGCUUGGAGAUCAGUCGGCUUCUCGAAGAUGACGCCACUGCAUCAGAGUCGCCUGAAUUAGGUCCGCCACCUGUUGCUCACUUUGAUGUUGCAGAGCCCAUUGGGUUCGCCGCGAUACCAGCACCGGAGGUCGGCACUGUGCAACUUACAGAGGGCUACCAGGACCAUAAUGAUGAUUUCAAGCCGCUCCCUGACAAUCUUGAGAGGAGAAGAAGGCGCCGAGCAAGUGCUUUGCUCGAAGAUAUGUCAACGCUAAACCAAUCCAGCACAGAAUCUUCCAGUUCAGCUGAUCAGCGUUUGUCCCUCAAAUCAGGCGCGAAGAGGAAACUGGAUGUACAAGAAGAUGGAUACAGAGAAGGAGCUGGUCCAUCACAACUGGAUGACUUCGCCUUUCAGAGAAGAGCCAUUGUAGCCGAGACCCCACAGACGCGUCCAAAGAGCAGCAGAUUCGCAAAGUCAGGCACGACGUCUGCAACAAGCAGCGCCACGACGAAGGGUCCCACCGCGAAGCUAGAACCUAGUACCAGGAGAGUGCUUGCGCCGAAGAGCACAAACUCUCCGAGCAAAUCCAAAAGAACAGGGGUCGAUGAUAAGAACAUUCCUGCGAAAGAAGAGCUUGCAAGUAGAGUACAAGCGGAGGAACAGUUUGAGCCCCAGAAUGUGCAAGUGAAGACUGCAGAAUCAUCAGUACAAGACCAACCCCGCCAAACUGACGAAGCCAUCAUUGCACAACGUGCUGAUGGAAUCGAGCUCCCACCAAAAACACCUGCAGGACUCGACUUGUUCUCACCGGCCUCCACUGAGCCUUCCGCAAGAACCGGACAGCAGACGGAGAUCGCUCCCAGUGCGUCAGUCGAGGAUGUACUUGGCGGUGCUGAUGGCCGUACUUCUAGGAGAGCACGUGGUGCAGUCAGCUAUGCAGAACCAAGUUUGAGAGCAAAGAUGCGCCGCCCAACCAAGGAACUAGCGCCAGCGGUUGGAGAUCAGACGAAUGGCCUCAAAGCCCAGCCGAGAGACUCAAGCGCACGAGCUGAAAGCCAGGAGCGGCAAUCAAACCAAGAUGUUAGUGUCGGCAAAAUGCGCACCGUGACUAUCAAGCGCGAGAAGCCCAGUGAGGAGUCUCUGGCUUGGAAGGGGCUGCCGGAAGCACAAGAAGAGCCGACGAGUCCAUUAGUCAACAAGGGCACUAAAUCUUCCUCUAGAAACUCGCCACCAGCAACUCAGGCAGAGGCAGAGGCAGGGACAGAGACAGCACCGAACGCGAAUGCAGACACACAACAUCUGGAAGCGGCCCUCGAUGGUCUCUCUAUUCUUGAAGGAGCGGACCCGUCUCCACACAAUUUGCCAAAUUCUAAUGCAAUUCAAUCCCGGAAAACAUCGAGACGGCACUCACCAAACCUUACCAGCUCGAGGAGAGUGGGCCAAGAGUUCGAAAAUCCUUCCAUAUCAUCUGACCGACCACAACCAAAGACCACUGCAGCGCAUAUCAGUGAUCAGCCACCACGCCCGCAUUCCGCAGCAAGUCUUCGCAAGGACAAUCAUGGCCGGGAUGAUAAGGUGGGUCUGAAGAAGAGUGCGAGUGUUACGACUUUAAAGUCGUCCACAUCAACAAGUUCAGCGCAGGGGGGUAGCGCUCCCAACGGUGCGGGAACAGGUGUUGGGAGGACUGAAAGAGCUGCUGCUAGAAGGAGGAGUAUGAUGAUCUGA